AUGGUGCCGCCGUCCCGCACACUCACUCAUGAGGUCCGAGCAAAGACCCCAACACACUCGACCGCCUCGAGUCCCUCUCUCAGGUCCAAGACGCCUGUGAGUGUGCCGAUGACCCCAACAAACAGUACCAUGACUCCCGGUGGCAAUGUCAAGGUCGUCGUUAGAGUCAGGGCAUUUCUUCCCCGCGAAAUCGACAGAGGCGCACAAUGCCUGAUUGAGAUGAACCCUCGCACCCAGUCGACCAAGCUGCUGGUACCUCCUUCGACCGAUCCAGCCAAUGCAAGAGCGCAGACGCGAAAAGUCCUCGAGGAAAAGCUGUUCACAUUUGACAAUUCAUUCUGGUCGCACAAUACAAGAGACGAGCACUAUGCAACACAAGAGGAUGUCUACAAUUGUUUGGGGGAAGAGUUCCUAGAUCACAAUUUUGAAGGCUACCACACAUGUAUCUUUGCGUACGGACAGACGGGCUCAGGCAAGAGUUACACUAUGAUGGGUACCGCAGAACAGCCGGGCUUGAUCCCACGGACCUGCGAGGACUUAUUCCAACGCAUCGAGUCCAACGAGAGCGCCAACAUCAGCUACAGUGUUCGAGUAUCAUACUUUGAAGUCUACAACGAGCACGUGCGGGAUUUGUUCCAGCCACGCACUGAACCUCCCCAAUACCUCAAGAUCCGCGAGUCUCCGACCGAAGGGCCGUAUGUCAAGGACUUGACAGAAAUCCAAGUCAAGAAUUACGGCGAGAUCCUCAAGUACAUGCGCAUGGGCGACAACUCUCGGACUACGGCUUCGACCAAGAUGAAUGACACGUCUUCUCGCUCUCAUGCAGUCUUCACCAUCAUGCUGAAACAAAUCCACCACGAUUAUCGAACAGACGAGACAACCGAAAGACUGGCGCGGAUAAGGCUGGUGGAUUUGGCUGGAUCUGAACGUGCCAAAUCGACCGAAGCCACGGGGCAGAGACUCCGAGAAGGCGGGAACAUCAAUAAAUCGCUGACCACAUUAGGGAGGGUUAUUGCCGCGCUCGCCGAGCCCAAAAAUGGUCGACCACACCAUGCAAAAAGAACAAAUCGUGACAUUGUGCCGUACCGUGAUUCGAUCCUGACUUGGUUGUUGAAGGACUCACUUGGAGGGAACUCAAAGACGGCCAUGAUUGCUUGUAUAGCGCCGUCAGACUACGAUGAAACCUUGUCAACCCUCCGAUAUGCAGAUCAGGCCAAACAUAUCCGCACCAAAGCUAUUGUCAACCAAGACCAUGUCUCGUCCGCAGAGAAAGAUGCACAGAUCAAUGAAAUGCAGGAGACGAUCCGAGCGCUGAGGUGGACGUUGAGCCAGCAGCAACAGAAUGGUAGUGCCUCUGUGAUGAAAGCUGUGCAAGAGACUGCCGAAGCCCAAUCGGAGAAGAUUCGUGAAUUCACGACCAAGUAUGAGAACAUGUUGCAGAUCAUGGAAGAGAAGUUGGCAAUUUCAGAGUCAAAGGUGCGGCAACUGGAGGAAGAAAAAGAGGCCUUGAGCAUUCACUUGAAGCUUGUGCUUGACGAGCUCAAGAAUCCGAUCGUCAUCAACAAGGAGGAAACCGAAUCUGUCUACGAGAAGUCUAGGGCGCCGACGCCAGACAUGAUAUACGAAGAUGACACGGCCUCUAGCGACGAGGUAGACACGGAGUCCGAGGUCGACGACGAGGCUGCUGAGAUGCAGGCGGAGAUGGAGGCGCUGAUCUCGGACUUGGGAAUGUUCAAGAAGAAGAUUGCUGCAGACCACGAGACGUUUGGCAUCGGCGUUGCAGCAUGA